AUAAUAAUUUCACUUUGGCUAAAAGUUAUCUGUUUGCUUUUCUUUUAUUUCUUGAACAUUUUUCUAAUCUUGUUAUCAGAUCUAACUAAAUGAUGGCAGCUGCAUUAGCCGGUCGUCGUUCAUUAAUGUCGAAUCGUAAAUGUAUACAUAACGAUAUAAUAAGUGCUACAAUGGCCACUACGGCUAAUACUGCUAGAUACCAUAAUCAAAUUCGAUCAUUUCACAAUCAUCAUCGGAACAUUUCGUUUCAUCAAAAUGUACCACUACGUCAGCCAUUACUAGUUAGUGGUGGCUCUUCUGCUGCAGUUAUAAGACGUUGCUUUUAUUCUCGAUCGCCAUUACUAUCGUCUGAAUCGUUAUUGCAACAACGAAAAGGAUCGACAUUUUCUUUUAUAACGACAACCAGAUUGCCCGAUUCAAUCGUUAAUCAUUCGAAAUUCAAUUCAUUAAUUGGACAUUGUUUCGUUCGACAGUUUUCUUCAACGACUAAUAACGCUAAUCAAUCACAAUCUAAAAUGGCACUUCCUCGUGUUUUUUUCGAUAUUGCUGCCGAUAAUCAACCAUUGGGUCGUAUUGUCAUUGAGCUCCGUAGUGAUGUUGUGCCCAAAACAGCGGAAAAUUUCCGUGCACUUUGCACUGGUGAAAAAGGAUUUGGUUUUAAAUCAUCCUCAUUUCAUCGUAUCAUACCCAAUUUUAUGAUCCAAGGCGGUGAUUUCACUAACCAUAAUGGUACUGGUGGUAAAUCCAUCUAUGGUAACAAAUUUGCCGAUGAAAAUUUCACACUUCAACACACCGGACCUGGUAUCAUGUCCAUGGCAAAUGCCGGUCCAAACACCAAUGGUUCACAGUUUUUCAUUACAACCGUAAAGACUACCUGGUUGGAUGGCAAACACGUUGUUUUUGGUUCGGUUGUCGAAGGAAUGGACAUUGUAAAAAAGGUGGAAAGCUAUGGCUCACAAUCGGGUAAACCAUCCAAGAAAGUGACCAUUGCUAAUUGUGGUCAGCUUUAAAAACAGUGAAACCAGUUUUUCCAACUGACCAAUCUUGAUAAUUACUUCUUUUCAAAACAAUUCCGCACACAACCAUUCACAGUUGAAACGGUCAGAAUUACACACAACAUUCUUACACAUUUGUUAUCACUUGUAUCACACGAAAAAAAAUUCAAUUCCACACCGAUAAGACACUAAUUCAAAAUUCCAAAAUUUCCUAGUUCAGCUUUGCCAUUAUCUUUUCUUUGCUUUAAUUUUCAAAAUUGAAACAGUGAAAAUUUAAAUAAUAAUAAUAAUAAAAGGAUUUAAAAUUUAAAA